CGAACAAUUAUCUAGAUACUACCUGUACUAGAUGUACUGAUUCUGUGAAGGCAUGCGUUUACGGAUCGAGAGACAUUGCAUGCGGUACGUGCAUGUAUCUUAGGGCCUGUCCACACUAGACCAGAAUGGAUCGCGAUCGGGACAGCGAGCGUCCACACUGCACUUUGAAAACGAUACGCCUCAUUUCGCUAUCACGUGACUGAUGACCGAUGUGUAUGUGUGGUUUCUUUGCUUGUAGAAAGCGUUGAUACAGCGACGUAAGGUGAGCGAGAACAAAGACGAGUGAGGAUUGCUUUCCGACUACACGCAUAGCGUACGUGAAGAUUUCAAACUAUGGAAAGAAAAACUUGAAAGAGAUCAUCAAUCUUCAUUUGUCAAAUCAAGUGGUUCCAAGAGAACCAAGACUAAUACUACUCAUUCUUACUCAUGCAAAAAAUCUGGUUCUCAUGUCAGCAAGAGCAGAGGAAAGAGCCAAAUUAAAUCACAGGGAUCUUCAAAAGUAGGACAUCAUUAAGAAAUCAAGAGGGCCACUCUUCUGUCAUCCUGGGUACUGAAAAAAUACAAGAUGCCCAGGAAAGACCACGCUGUACUACAUUUGUUUUGUGAUGAAACAACCAUGUCUAAGCUUGAAAGAGAUGGUCAACUGAUAGAGAAAACUGACAUCCCGGCGAGGCCAGAAGAACUUCCUGACGACAUAGUAGAAGUAGACUUUGAGAGUAGUCAUCUGUCAAAGUAUUUUAGUUCCCAAGCCUGGCAUCACCUUUUGGAGACAGUUGAACUAAAGCAGAGACAGUGGCAUUGUGGGAAUUGUGACUUAGUAACAACCCAGCUAAAUAUGGUCCAAUGCGAUGGCGAGUGUGGAAAAUGGUUCCAUUGGAAUUGUGUUGGACUUCGAGAAGAACCGACUGACAUGUGGCAAUGCGACAAAUGUUUGCUUUCCAUAGGACAGAAUACAAUUAUACCAAAUACCAGUGUCAGAGCUCAGAAUACGUCAUCAAUGCUGCAACUGCUACGGAAUGCUUCCAGAUAUUCAACAACAAUGGGCACCAUAACAAAGUCCACAACAAAGCAUACAACACAUGACAAAAUCAUUGAGGGUGUUCUGAACAAGAACAUACUGCCAUGUCCUGGAACAGUAGUACGUAUACCAGAGAGGGUCAUUCAAAGUCCAAUUAAAAAGAAGCUAGGAAUGUGGACGAUUCAUAUUGACAGAUUUCUAGCUUCUGAGGGCAGACAACGAUCUGCAGUAAAAGGAGAUGGUAACUGCCUCUUCAGAGCUAUGUCAAAACAACUCUUUGGAACAGAUACCCUUCACCGCCAGCUUAGGGAAUUUCUUGCAGGUGUCAUAGUGCUUAACCAUGACAGAUACCAACAAUUUUAUAUUCCUUCUGAAACAACAACAUUUCAACAACACCAAAAAUCCAUUCAUCAACUAGGAGUGUGGGGAACACAGAUUGAAAUGCAGGCAGCGAGAGACAGCUACCAAAUGCCUGUGUAUGUGUGCUCUCCCCAUCCCACAACUAGACAAAUCAGGUGGCUACACGUCAAGCCAUCCUAUAGUCCUCAAGUACCGGACACAUCACAACUGCCACAGCUGUCUCUGUUGUACACCAAUGGUCGUAUUGAAAUAGCACAUACUGGUUGUCAUUACGACAGCAUAUGCACUAGUAACGGGCAAACUUUACAGUUUCCUGAGCAGCCAGAUGAGGACAAAGAAUAUGAGGUCUGUAGGAUCAAUGACAAUGAAACUGACAGUGAUUAACUACGUCACUUCCGUACCUGCAGAACAGAUUCUGCUAGAAAGUAUCUAAAGAUGUAGUUACUUGGCAACGUUUGUAAGGUUUUUAAUAAUGCAAUAUAAAUGUUAUAAAAAAUACAUGUGUAGUUAACUAGAAUCAAUAUGUGUGAACGUAAGUCUGGAUACAACGGCUUUACCAUCAAAUCUGAUUCUUCUUUCUACUAUACGUAUCUUCCAAAUUUUCAUCAGCAUCCUAAUAUACAUAGAUAGGCACAUGCAUGCGCAUGUGUAAAGUAUAUGCAACAGUCGGGUUUUGCUUUUUGCCACUUUGACUAUGGAAAUGCUGCCCGCGUCUGCAAGUUACUACGGUAUCUUGCAGCAGCUCUUUUUUCCUGAUCCUUUACUAAUCCUGAUCCUUUAC